AUGAAAGGAAAAAAGCCACAAUCAAGUUACAAAGCUGCAGGUACGGCUCCAGUGGAAGAAGAGGCAAAGACAACAUGUCCUAAUACCUACAGACUGGAGACACGUAAUAAAUUUCGGGAUUACUUAGUAAGAGACAAAGCUCAAGCAAUAUUAACGGCAAAACUUCAAGACACCAAAUACAAUGGAGCUUCUAGUCCUUCCUUGUGUGCUUCAAUCUCAGAAGAAGUAUUAAAGGCUGUGAAGGAAUUUGGCUUUGACCGUUACAAGUACGUGGUAUCAGUGCUAAUUGUGGAAAAGGCAGGCCAGGCAAUCAAUGUUGCCAGCAGAUGCAUCUGGGAUGCUCAAAGAGACACUUGGGUUUCAGCUCAAUGUGAAACCGAAACAUUUAUUGCCCUGGCUUUGGUAGUGGCCUGUUAUUGCGACUAA